AUGUACACAUCAUCUGCAGCCCAGAAAGCCAAAAGACGAACCCACGCUCGCCCCGAGCUCAGCGAGGAGCAAAAGCAGGAAAUAAAAGAAGCAUUCGAGCUGUUCGACACGGAUAAAGAUGGCUGUGUUGAUUACCACGAGCUCAAAGUCGCGAUGCGCGCGCUGGGAUUCGACAUGAAGAAGGCGGAGGUGCUGAAGAUUCUGCGGGAUCACGAUAAGACGGGGCAUGGCCUCAUGGAUUUCGAGGACUUUGCAAAAAUUAUGAGCGAACGAAUAUUGGCGCGAGACCCUAUGGAUGAGAUACGACGCGCAUUCCAACUCUUCGACGAUGAUAAUACGGGAAAGAUAAGCUUGCGAAAUCUCAGACGAGUGGCAAAAGAGAUUGGCGACCGCUUAGAAGACGACGAACUACAAGCGAUGAUUGACGAGUUCGACCUCGACCAGGAUGGCGAGAUCAACGAGCAAGAGUUUUUCGCGAUAAUGACGGACGAUGCAUGA